AAUUUCGCCGUUCUUCCUUUUAAUCGUUUUUCGAGAAAAUGGCGGCGUCUUCUGCCAAAUUUUUUGUACACCAAAAUCAAAAUAAAGCAAAUUCUUCUAGAAUAGAAUCUGUAAUAACAGGGGAUUAUAAGAAAAAUACCGAGUUUGGAGUUUUGCGAUCUCCAGAAAUCGGAAAUGCAGAUUACAAAAAAGACAUUGCCUUAACAAAUGACGAAUAUACAACAAAAGAGAACGAAUAUGGUGAUAAAAUUCAUUAUAAAAGCGGCUGUGGCAGAAGGUCAGCAACAACAGUGUCAGCCUUUGGCGGAGAAGGCAAUGAAGCCUUUGUUGACAUUGAGGAGGUGAUUUCCACCAAAACAGUCAUUGUUAACAGCAAAGCUGGCAGUAACAGCAAAGAAGAAUUAAAUCACAACAAACCUUAUGAUCGGCAAACGCAAUUCGCAAGUGAUAAUGUCACGACUUUACCUGAAGAAAUAAACAAUAAUUUGAGAGAUACAAAGUGCGCACCUACCCACACUCUCUUAACUACACCAAAGACAUUUGAAAAUGAUGACAAAGCGGCGAUAAAUGCUGGAAUUGCAUAUCAAUUACAAACACAAAAUACACAACAGAGUACGCAGGCUCCACCAAGAGAAGUGUCCAAUCUGCAUUUGGUUGCAAAACCGCUUAAUCAGCAUAAUCAUCAGUGGACAGAUAAGCCACCGAAUAACGUAUCAACAAAAAUACUCAACAUACGCGCACCGUCAUCGUCAUUGGCGUCAACGUCGUUGUCGUCAGCGACAUCGUCGUUUACAAAUUUCGCCAUGAAUUCCAGCCAAUCAACACAAGCGCCGGGCAAUCGUAUAACAUUUACAAGUCAAACGCUUCCUAACGGCACAAUAAAUAUAGGAGGAGCGGGUCAUCCGCCUGGUUCAACAAUCAUAUCCACUUCCCAACUACCGAAUACCACCACGAUUAAGACAAUAACGUCAAGUGGAGCAGGCGGACAACAACAUCAUACACUGCCGCAACAAGUACAGGUACAACAUCAUCAAGUACUACAUAGUGGCGGGCAACCAGGGGUGGCGGGACAACCGUCACAGCAACACCACAAUGCCGCCACGCAAUCAGUAGGUGCCACACAGACGCAAACCUUAGUUAUAAAAUCAAACAAUGCGGUAUCAUUGCCAGCGGGUCUGGUAUCAAGUUCACCCGGAAUAGUAACAAUGACCAAAACAAUUAAUCAGGGUAAUCAGCAACCUUUGCUCAAUUCCAUGAUACCGGCGAAUGUAGUGGUGGGCAUGCGUCCCCCAAAUGCGCAGCAACAACAAAAGAAUGUGCAAGGCAAUGCACUAGGACGUGUAGUUAUUGGCGGACAACAUAUGGUUAGCACCAGACCACAAAAUCCGGCGAUAACACUCAGCACCCUAGCACCUGGACAAACGCCUGCACUCAUUUUGAAAACCGAAAAUGGCUAUCAAUUAUUGCGUGUUGGCACAGCCACCUCGGGUCCGGUGACACCAACGAUUGGCGGCAGUGGCGGCACCAAUUCCAAUCCGGCACAAAUACGUUUGCAAACUGUACCAGCUGCUGUAAGUAGAUUUGCAGGGCCUCCCAUAGCACUACGUAAAACGAUUGUAAGAUCAUCCACCUCCACAACUACCACUACUACCACCCACCACCACCAACAACAUCAUCAACAACAGCAGCAAGCUAAACAGCACCAACAACAGGCAACAGCGACGAAACAGAUCAAACAAAAUUCCAUGGCAGUGUCCUCGUCUACGUCUAAUAAUAUUGUUGUGAACUCAGUUGCUUCGAGUAGUGCGGGCCCGCAUCACACGUACACGUCGCAGGCGAAUAUCACGUUGCAACAGCCACACCAUCAGUCUGCACUGCAACAUCAACAACAACAGCAAACACAUCUACAGUCGCAACAUCCACAAUUACAUCAGCAACAGACGCAACAUCUACUAUCACAACCGCAGAUAACGCAAAUUCAAACAAUUCCAGCACAGCAUUCGGCCGCCUCUACAGGCACCUCGAACACAACGACCAUGAGUAAUAACCAUAAUGCCGUGUCCACGGCCAGUGCCGGCACGGCGACGGGCACAGCGAAUGCGACGACCACACAAAGCGCAGCGCAAGGCAAUACCAAAGAGAAAUGUCGCAAAUUCCUAGCCAACCUGAUCGACUUGGCGACGCGUGAGCCCAAACCGGUGGAGAAGAAUGUGCGCAAUCUCAUACAGGAAUUGGUGAAUGCAAAUGUGGAGCCGGAGGAAUUCUGCGAUCGACUGGAGCGGCUGUUGAAUGCCAGUCCGCAACCGUGUCUAAUUGGAUUUUUGAAGAAAAGCUUACCGCUGCUACGUCAAGCGCUGUUUACCCGUGAACUUGUUAUUGAGGGCAUUAAACCGCCGCCGCAACAUGUUGCCGGUUUGACAACAUUGCAACAGUUUCCAAAAAUUCAAGCGCAAAUACGUCCGAUCAGUCAAAACCAAACCACGACUAUUGGCCAAACGCAAGUCAGAAUGAUUUCACCUGCCGGCCCCGGUGGACCACGUCCCAUUGGACAUACUACGAUCACCAAACAACAGGGCGGUAUCCGUAUACAGGGACCCACAAACGGACCACGCCUUGUUAACGCCCAAAUACGCGGCCCCAUUCCAGCAUCCAUACAGCAUACGAACGCUCAACUGCCCACAGCGCCGACGCAAGCGAGUAUUGUCCAUAUACGCGCACCAACAGUAACGCAAAUCAGCCGCCCGACAACGGUACAAAUACGUACGGCCAAGGGCAAGAAUGCACCAUCGGGUAUAACACAUGUCAAAGUUGGACAAACACAAAUAAAGGCGAUAUCCUCGCCGGUGCCGUCACUCGUCGCAACGAAUCAACCGCCCUCCCUAACCGCUAUAUCCAAUAGUUUACCACCCUCAUCGACCCCGUCACUAUCCGCUGUCUCUACAAUACUGUCUACCAUCAAUUCCGUGGCGACCUAUUCGAAUGCCAGCAGUGGGACAUCGUUGCCAACGCCAUCAUUGCCCACCGUACAACUGCCGCCCAGUUUAAUGCACCACAGCAGUCAACUGACCAGCAGUCAUGCCGCCCUGGCGGGCAUUGGAGAGAGCAUAAGAAUUGUGGACCACAAAUUGGAGCAGGCUAUAAAGCAAGAGAAGAUCAUACCUAUCACACCGCCGCCAGCGAAUAGGGCGACAGCUAAAUCGGGUGCUACGUCCGCUAGUAAAGCGUCGAGCAAAAAGAAGAAAGAACAGCUGGAUAAGGAGAAAGAGGAGAAAGCAAAUGCCUCCGGCGCAGCCGCAACCGCAGCAAUGUCUUCAUUCUACCAACAACCCUCUAUAUCGAUGUCAACUUCGGUGUAUGGUGAUGAUGACAUAAACGAUGUAGCAGCCAUGGGUGGUGUCAAUUUGGCCGAGGAGUCGCAACGCAUACUCGGCUGCACUGAAAACAUCGGCACACAGAUACGCUCGUGCAAGGACGAAGUAUUUCUGCAUUUGCCAGCGCUGCAAGCGCGCAUACGUGCGAUGGUUAUGGAUCGAGGGCUGGAGGAGCCAUCGCAAGAUGUGGCGGUAUUGAUAUCGCAUGCGUGUCAAGAGCGCCUGAAAAAUAUCGUCGAGAAAUUGGCUGUGAUAGCAGAGCAUCGCAUCGAUGUUAUUAAGGUGGACCCACGUUACGAAGUCACAAAAGAUGUGCGCGGUCAAAUCAAAUUCCUCGAGGAGUUGGAUAAAGCGGAACAAAAGCGACAUGAGGAGUUGGAGCGCGAAAUGUUGCUGCGUGCGGCCAAGUCACGUUCGAAAAUUGAGGAUCCCGAACAGGCGAAAAUGAAAGCGAGGGCGAAAGAAAUGCAGCGCGCUGAAAUGGAGGAACUGCGGCAGCGAGACGCCAACAUGACGGCGUUGCAGGCCAUUGGACCACGGAAAAAAAUCAAACUGGAUGGUGAUGCCACGGGCGGCGGUGCGAAUUCGAACAGCAGCGGUGCUUUAGGCGGUGCCAGCGUGCCGGCAGUGCCGCUACGGCCACGCAUCAAACGUGUCAAUCUACGCGAUAUGCUCUUCUUUAUGGAACAGGAGCGCGAAACCAGCCGCAGCCAAAUGCUAUAUAAAGCAUAUCUUAAGUGAUCGACUUUGUGCAACGGCUAAGUGGGGGACAAACGACAUACUACUACACACACACAUUAUAGUGAAUAUGAACUUUCUGAAUCGUGGUGAAAUGCAACAUUACAUCAACUACAGUCAUAUUUCAUACUUUUAUUUUAUAACUUUCUAUGUACAUUUAUUGUUACGCUGUAGCGCGCUGAUUUCAACAUUUACAUAUGAAACCAACACGUUUCGAUUGCGAUGAGUAAACACUGUAUGCAACUGCAAAUUCAAAAAAUUCAUUGCUACUUGUACUACUUGUGCUACUUGUAUGUAUACAUAUAAUAUAUAUUUAUAUUUUUUAAAAAUUCGCAGCAACUCGUCGAGUGCUGCAUUCGUUGCGUUAUAUACAUACAUAAAGUUUACGAAAAGAAAAGAAAAACAGAAAAACAAAUUUGCAAUUUGGCGGGUAAUGUUGACGAGGGCUGAUGUGUAGUUAGUUGGGUUGGAUUAUUGCAAUAUUUUGUAAGCGCAAACAACACUAAUUUGUUAUAUAAAUGAAAAUAUUUUUUGAAAAUUUAUUUUUUUAACAACACUAUUUUUUUUUUUUACCAACAUCUAACGAACCACAUAACUUACUAUUUUUUAUCAUUGAUUUAUUUAAUAAAACAAAACAAACAACAACAACAAAAAAUAAAUAUUGCAACUCGUUAUGAAGUGGGAAAUUGCAAAAAACGUGUUCACUGCGCUAGAGUGAAUUGUAAAAAAUAGAGUUAACGGUUGAUGAUGAAGGCAAUUUUUUAUAAUUAUCACUAUUAUUAUUAUUAUUAUAUUAUUUUUAAUAUUUUCUAAGCAAUUUGUGCUCUUAAACUUAACGUUCUAUAUUGCUUCAAAUCAUCUAUUUGUAAAUCACUAAUUUGUCUUUAAGUAUAUAAUUCGUAUUAAAGUGAGGAGCGUAAGUAGCAGUAGCUUAGGCAGAAGACGUACGUUACAUUAAUUAAUUAAAGAGAGUAGAAAAAAAACAAAAAGAAAAAGAAAAAAAUACAUAUAUAAAAAAUAUGGCCUUAUAAAUUUAGGUUAAUAACACGCAAA